AUGGGCAAGAAGUCUCGCGAAGAGGAAUCCUCAUCUUCUGAUGAAGAGGAGUAUGUUGUGGAGAAGGUGCUGGACAGGAGGGUGGUGAAAGGCAGAGUGGAGUUCUUCCUAAAGUGGAAAGGAUAUUCAGAGUAAGUCAUUAUCUCAGAGUUCCACGACAUUCACGACACGAAAAACAAUCCCACAUUAUCAACAUGUUUUUGUUUUGAUAUGAGGAGAGUGUAAUCUGAUUCUAAACUCUGGUUAUUAGAUUUGAUGAGAGAGCUUUAUAUAACAGUAGUUACGGAUCUGACCAUGCAAACAAAGAUUGAAAAUGAAGAGGCUUUAUAAAAGUAGAGUUUAAUGCAAAGCUCUUGUGUUGGGCCUCAUGAGAUUGACUGUUUAUUGCUGGUUGGUGUAGUUUAGAAAAAUCACAAGCUUGUUGAUGUUGGUAAGGCUGUUGAAUUAAAAUGUGGUUUUUCCAAUACUUUUUUCAGAAAGCACAACACUUGGGAGCCAGAGAAGAAUCUGGACUGCCCUGAGCUCAUCUCAGAGUUCAUGAAGACCUACAAGAAAAGCAGCAGUGGUGGGAGCUCCACACCUACCGGCGGGGCCAGCAAAUCAAGCACAGGCUCCUCAGGACGCUCCAAAGAAUCCAGUACCUCAAAGAAGAGAAGCUCUGAUGACGAUGAGGAGGGUGGAAGCAAACCCAAAAAGAAGAAAGAGGUAAAUAGUCAAAUUUUGAUGUAAAAGCGUGAGUAUAUUUCAUAUCUUUAUGUAUUUUGUGAUGUGAAUCCAAACCAUGCAAAGACUGUUGGAUAACUAUUUAGCUUACACAGAUCACUUUACAACAAUGUGAGAUCCACAGAGAAGGCUUAAUGUUUUUAAAGCCUCAGUGAAUCACAGCUAUUUACCAAGAAGCAGCUACUCUUGUUCAUUGUUUUCUUUUCUUUCCUGAUUUCAAUUUUACUUAUUCAAAGAUGUCUUUUUUUGGGUCUUUCAGGAAGACAUUUUAGUUGCACGCGGUUUUGAGAGAGGACUUGAGCCGGAGAAGAUCAUUGGAGCGACUGACUCGUGUGGCGACCUCAUGUUCCUCAUGAAGUGGUAGGUUUAAGUGACACAUUUUUCCAAAUGUACAUGUGAAACUUUAUUUUUUUCUUAGGGUUGACUACCGCUUUAGUAAUAACACCAGUAGAGUCCACAGCUAUAGAUAUGUGUAUAAAUGAAGACCGAAAUCUGCAGUGUCCUAGUUUUCAUGACCUGAUGCCAAAAAAACAAACUCUUAAUUUAUUUUUCAUGGUUUAUUAAACAUUUUUAUAUUGUCUCUGAGGAGAUCUAUAUAACAUAUAACAAAAUAUAGCAUUUGUUUGUGUGUGUUUGCAGUAAGCACCUUUUGUCUUUCUGUACAAGACACCUACUUGUUUACCUUGUAGUUAAAAGUUUCCAUACAUCUUUCAAGUUCAUGUCCACGUGAAAAGUUAAUUUAAAGAAUUAGACACUGAAUAAUAAACAAUUGACAGAUUGACAUGUGUUUUGGGCUCAGUCAGUUGGCUACCAGACAGUUGACAUCCUGUAAAAAUACGCGCAUACAUCUCUGACCUGCACUCAAAGGAAAAGAUUCUGAUGGGAAGCCACAGACCCAACUGAGCCGGUGAACCAGCCCUGCAUAAAUCUUAUUUAGAUUUUAUUUUGCAUGUGUUUGUCUCUUUUAUCAUUAAGUACUUGCACAGUGUCUCUUCUGUAGUAGAAGUUUUUUAAGCAACUGGUAAUCAAUCAAACAUAUUUGAUAUUUAGCUCUGCAGGUUGGAGCACCAGCGCUGCCUAGAGUCUAAAAUGCCCUGACCUUACAAUCGGGUUCUCAUAGCUCAAUAUUGGCUUACCACUGCUCUCAUAUCAUCACCCCGAGUUUUGUACUGUUACAAGUACAGCCUGCCACCAGGAAUAAGAGUGGUAGUCAUGGUUGUAAUGAUGACAGCAACAAUCAAUAAUACUAGUAAAACACCCUGAUUUUGAAUCAUAAUGAAUUGCUGUUAUGAUCAUUCAUAGAGAAACACUGACAAAUGAUAUAUCUUCAGGAACAGGACAGUUAUCAGGCCAGUACAUCUGUGUUUUAAAAACUGUAGACAAACUCUGAACUCUGGCCUCUCUUCCUUGUAAGACUGACAAAGUUGGUCCAGGAAGUUGAGUCAUUUUGAGAGUAAUGCCACCAAACAUAUUCUUGAAUUACUGCAGUGCACUCGCUGCAAAUGAGGCAAGUUGUUUUUGAGUUUGAAUCUGGCAGUUAAAUAAAUGACAACAUUUAAACACCUGGGUGGACGUAUACAACUCAUUACAAGAGCUCUACUACAAGUCCUACUAUAAGCUUCUUCAUCUUCAGUUUUUGUUGACAUGGUCAGACAGAUCAUGAGGGUGCGUUAUAUUGAAAGGUAUUCCUAAUAUUUUGCUACCCUCAUUUUUUUGCCAGUGAAGUCGACAAAAUAUUAGAGUCCCCUUUUUAAAAUAACACCACUAUCCACCAUGGCUUUAAAAUCUCACCUGUCUGAUCAUGUCGAAUGAAACUGAAAGUUUUGAAUUUCCUGAAAGAAGAAUUUCUAGCAGAGCUGCUAGAUUUGAUUACAUUAGCAUGCUCAGGUGUACAUAAUGUUAUGAUCUAUUUUAUCAGAGCACUCUACACUUCAUUAGAGGUUAAACUGCGGGUUCUAAGGUCUAUUUUAUGCUUUAGUUUAGAUAAUAUUUAAAACUUAAAUGUUUUUUUUUGUGUGCCUUUUUGUUUUGGGUUUCUUUUUUUUAUUAUUAUUAUUGAUAUAUACAUAUAUAUUGGAUUCAUGUUUGCAAGCUAGGUUGGAUUCACUUGAAGGUUACCUUUGGGCCAGAUUUUGUCUAAGUCCCCCCACUUUUAUUUAUUAGAAGGAGCACCUUCAUGGUUUCACUUUAACUCAGUUUAUUUCAUUGACAAUAACAGCACAGACGACUUUGACACAGUCCUUGUUAGGGUCUUCACUUAACCCAAAAUUUAACCCAUUAUGUCUAAAGAUGGUCCAAGUUGUUUUCUAGUCUGAACUCCUUUUGUUUCCUACCAUAAUUACUGUCUGCACCACUACUGUUUGCAACUUGUUAUGAAAUGAUUCUUGAAACGGCACUAAAUAUGCCAGAUUGCUACUGACAAACUACCCAUUAGCUGAACUAAUAGCCUAGCUGUCCAUCCAUAUACAAACAGAAAGUCACUCCAUAAAAUUUUAUGUCAUCACACAUUAGCUGGAUGGAUAAAUGUGCGGUACCUCGUCAUUAAUGCCAGGUCAUGCUUCACUCCUGGGUGUUUACUAGCUAAGUGAGACAAAAGCUCUGAUUUGUAAAUUUACAAAGAAUGACUGACAUUAUUUAGAGAUUGAUCAGGUCCAUCUGGUUUCUUUACGUAUAAGAAGCAUGAAAAUAAUGUUUGAAAUGUCUGGUGUGUAGAUGUUUUACUUGAGUUCUAGUUAAAACACAAACUUGUUUACUCCAGAAUUAACAGCUAAAGUUUUGUCUUUCUGUUUUGCAGGAAAGACUCAGAUGAGGCAGACCUGGUGCUCGCCAAGGAGGCUAAUCAUAAGUGCCCACAGAUUGUUAUCGCGUUCUAUGAGGAGCGUCUCACCUGGCACGAAGACAGUGACAAGAAGGAGAAAGAUGCUGUCAGUGCGUGAGUGCAUCACGCCAGGAGGAAAACACGAACUCCUCCACUGCAGGGACAACCUUGAGUCUGACAUUUUUCACACCCAAACCUCCCAUCCUUCCUCUUUACCAUGUCCAGCAAUGACACACAAACGGUGGGCACAGUCGUGUUUAUCUUCAUCCAUAACCCACUGGAGCACAGGAGCCCAGACUACUGA